AUGUGUAUUAAAAUAUUUAAUAUUUUGCACCUGGUGCUAUUAAUCACCGCAACCACAACCACCUACAGUCAACUCCAGGACAACUCACCUCCCGGUGCCUGUUAUGGAGAUCUAGGCUGUUUUAACAUUACCGCCGACUUUAAGCACCUGAUGUACCGGCCAUACAAUGUAAUGCCUGAGCCACCGGACAAAAUAAAGACCAAGAUCUUUAUGUAUACCCGUAUUAAGCCUACCAAACGGCUCCGGGUGGGCGACCAGUGGCUUGUUUACAGGCAAUCGAGGCAGGCAACAUUUUUGCCUGAUUUUGAUGGUAGUAAAAGGACAAUGGUUAUUAUUCAUGGAUUUGUUGAUAACCUAUCGUAUGGUAAAUGGAUUACGCGAUUAAAGGAUGAGUUACUUAUUAAUGGCAAUUAUAAUGUGUUUGUUGUCGACUGGUCUGAAGGCAAUGAUAUAUAA